AUGAUCCUCGAAUCACGCGUGUAUGACGUGGCAGAGCAGACGCCAUUGCAAGAGGCGCCAGCUUUGUCCCACGCCCUGCAGAAUCGCGUCUUGCUCAAGCGCGAAGACUUGCAGCCCGUUUUCAGCUUUAAAAUCCGUGGUGCUUACAACAAAAUGGCCAAUUUGUCAGACGAGGAGAAAACAGCCGGUUGCGUAUGCUGUUCAGCUGGUAAUCACGCACAGGGAGUAGCACUCUCAGCCCGUAAGCUCGGGAUACACGCCAAGGUCGUGAUGCCAUUGGCAACGCCCGACAUUAAAGUAAACGCUGUGCGCCAUCAUGGCAAAGAAUUUGUCGACAUUAUUCUCCAUGGCAAGACGUUUGACGAUGCUGCAGCUGAAGCUCGGAGACUGGUGCAAGACGAGAAGCUCACGAUCAUUCUGCCUUUUGAUGACCCACAUAUCAUUGCUGGACAGGGAACCGUUGGCAUGGAAAUUCUGCAACAGACCAGUGGAUCUCAAGAUAAGUUGGACGCCAUUUUUGUCCCAGCAGGUGGAGGAGGCAUGCUUGCGGGGAUUGCGGCGUGGGUCAAGCAGAUCCGACCGAGUGUCAAGGUUAUUGGUGUUGAGGCGGCCGAUGCCGCAGGUAUGACGGCGUCGCUGGCAGCUGGACAUGUUGUGGAACUGGACCAUGUCGGACUGUUUGCAGAUGGCGCGGCGGUGAAGCGUGUGGGAACAGAGACAUUUCGAGUGUGUGCCGACUACGUGGACGAGAUGGUGACAGUGUCGACCGACGAGAUCUGUGCUGCUAUCAAGGCAGGUUUUAAGGACACGCGUGCGAUUCUUGAACCCGCAGGCGUGCUGUCUAUUGCCGGUAUGACGCAGUACGCCAAGACGCGCGGACUUUCAGGGUGUCAGUUUGUUGCUGUGACGUCUGGAGCUAACAUCGAUUUUGCCCGUCUACGCUUUGUGUCUGAGCGUGCGGACUCGCACGAGAGACUGCUUGCCGUGGAGAUUGACGAGACCCCAGGUGCUUUCAUGCGCCUCAACCGCCGACUAGACGCCGUGGGAGUUCGUAUUACGGAGUUCAGCUACCGCUUCGGUGACGCUCAAAAAGCACGUGUGCAUCUGUCGUUUUACUCGCCAAGUCCCGACCAUGCAACUGCUGCUAUUCGUGAGCUUCAGGAAGAAGAGUCUCCGUUGGGCUUCGCAAACGGUAGCGCCUACCAAGUGUUGGAUCUGUCGGACAACGAGCUGGCCAAGGUCCACACGCGACACUUGGCUGGUGGCCGAGCUCGUGGUGACGUACAAGAUGAGCGGCUAUACCGCUUCGAGUUUCCAGACCGCCCACGCGCUCUGGCCACAUUCUUGGAGGCGCUGCAGAGCACGUGGAACAUCAGUCUAUUCCACUACCGCAACCACGGCGCCGAUGUCGGUCGGGUACUGGUGGGCUUCCAAGUUGCUGAAGAGGACCAGAAGCGCUUUCAGACUUUCCUGAACCAAUUGGCUUAUGUCUUCUACGAGGAAACAGACAAUCAAAUGUACCAGGAGUUCAUACACUAA